GAGCUGAGUCAACUAUUCCAAUCAAAUGAUAUUGAGCACGUUUCCCGUCUCUUCUCGAGAAAGAAGUGGGGUAUUUCUUUGCAAAAUUGUGCUCAAUUUCAUAUGUGGCAAUUCCGUCAAGAUCUCUUCGUUAGUUGGGGGAAGAAUCCGCACGAAUCGGAUUUUUUGAGGAACGUAUCCAGAGAGAAUUGGAUUUGGUUAGACAAUGUGUGGUUGGUAAGCAAGGAUCGGUUUUUUAGCAAGGUACGGAAUGUAUCGUCAAAUAUUCAAUAUGAUUCCACAAGAUCUAUUUUCGUUCAAGUAAGGGAUUCUAGCCAAUUGAAAGGAUCUUCUGAUCAAUCCAGAGAUCGUUUCGAUUCCAUUAGUAAUGAGGAUUCGGAAUAUCACACAUUGAUCAAUCAAAGAGAGAUUCAACAACUAAAAGAAAGAUCGAUUCUUUGGGAUCCUUCCUUUCUUCAAACGGAACGAACAGAGAUAGAAUCAGACCGAUUCCCGAAAUGCCUUUCUGGAUAUUCCUCAAUGUCCCGGCUAUUCACGGAACGUGAGAAGCAGAUGAAUAAUCAUCUGCUUCCGGAAGAAAUCGAAGAAUUUCUUGGGAAUCCUACAAGAUCAAUUCGUUCUUUUUUCUCUGACAGAUGGUCAGAACUUCAUCUGGGUUCGAAUCCUACUGAGAGGUCCACUAGAGAUCAGAAAUUGUUGAAGAAAGAACAAGAUGUUUCUUUUGUCCCUUCCAGGCGAUCGGAAAAUAAAGAAAUGGUUGAUAUAUUCAAGAUAAUUACGUAUUUACAAAAUACCGUCUCAAUUCAUCCUAUUUCAUCAGAUCCGGGGUGUGAUAUGGUUCCGAAGGAUGAACCGGAUAUGGACAGUUCCAAUAAGAUUUCAUUCUUGAACAAAAAUCCAUUUUUUGAUUUAUUUCAUCUAUUCCAUGACCGGAACAGGGGGGGAUAUACGUUACACCACGAUUUUGAAUCAGAAGAGAGAUUUCAAGAAAUGGCGGAUCUAUUCACUCUAUCAAUAACCGAGCCGGAUCUGGUGUAUCAUAAGGGAUUUGCCUUUUCUAUUGAUUCCUACGGAUUGGAUCCAAAAAAAUUCUUGAAUGAGGUAUUCAACUCCAGGGAUGAAUCGAAAAAGAAAUCUUUAUUGGUUCUACCUCCUAUUUUUUAUGAAGAGAAUGAAUCUUUUUAUCGAAGGAUCAGAAAAAAAUCGGCCCGGAUCUCCUGCGGGAAUGAUUUGGAAGGUCCAAAACCAAAAAGAGUGGUAUUUGCUAGCAACAACAUAAUGGAGGCAGUCAAUCAAUAUAGAUUGAUCCGAAAUCUGAUUCAAAUCCAAUAUAGCACCUAUGGAUACAUAAGAAAUGUAUCGAAUCGAUUCUUUUUAAUGAAUAGAUCCGAUCGCAACUUCGAAUAUGGAAUUCAAAGGGAUCAAAUAGGAACUGAUACUCUGAAUCAUAGAACUAUAAUGAAAUAUACGAUCAACCAACAUUUCUCGAAUUUGAAAAAGAGUCAGAAGAAAUGGUUUGAUCCUCUUAUUUCUCGAACCGAGAGAUCCAUGAAUCGGGAUCCUGAUGCAUAUAGAUACAAAUGGUCCAAUGGGAGCAAGAAUUUCCAGGAACAUUUGGAACAUUUCGUUUCUGAGCAGAAGAGCCGUUUUCAAGUAGUCUUCGAUCGAUUACGUAUUAAUCAAUAUUCGAUUGAUUGGUCCGAGGUUAUCGACAAAGAAGAUUUGUCUAAGUCACUUCUCUUUUUGUCUAAGUCACUUCCCUUUUUCUUUGUGAGUUUCGGGAAUAUCCCCAUUCAUAGGUCCGAGAUCCACAUCUAUGAAUUGAAAGGUCCGAAUGAUCAACUCUGCAAUCAGUUGUUAGAAUCAAUAGGUCUUCAAAUCGUUCAUUUGAAUAAAUUGAAACCCUUCUUAUUGGCUGAUCAUGAUACUUCCCAAAAAUCGAAAUUCUUGAUCAAUGGAGGAACAAUAUCACCAUUUUUGUUCAAUAAGAUACCAAAGUGGAUGAUUGACUCAUUCCAUACUACAAAUAAUCGCAGGAAAUCCUUUGAUAACACUGAUUCCUAUUUCUCAAUGAUAUCCCACGAUCGAGACAAUUGGCUGAAUCCCGUGAAACCAUUUCAUAGAAGUUCAUUGAUCUCUUCUUUUUAUAAAGCAAAUCGACUUCGAUUCUUGAAUAAUCCACAUCACUUCUGGUUCUAUUGUAACAAAGAUUCCCUUUUUAUGUGGAAAAGGCCCGUAUCAAUAAUUAUGAUCUUACGUAUGGACAAUUCCUCAAUAUCUUGUUCAUUCGCAACAAAAUAUUUUCUUUGUGCGUCGGUAAAAAAAAAACAUGCUUUUUUGGAGAGAGAUACUAUUUCACUAAUCGAGUCACAGGUAUCUAACAUAUUCAUACCUAACGAUUUUCCACAAAGUGGUGGCGAAACGUAUAACUUGUACAAAUCUUUCCAUUUUCCAAUUCGAUCCGAUCCAUUCGUUCGUAGAGCUAUUUACUCGAUCGCAGACAUUUCUGGAACACCCCUAACAGAGGGGCAAAUAGUCAAUUUUGGAAAGAACUUAUUGUCAACCUCUUUCAGAUUGAAUUAUCUGAUUCAAGAACUUAUCAGUAUCUCAAUUUCAAUUCAAACAUGGGUUUGA